GGCGGCAAGCCAGCAAGCGGGUGAAGGAGUGCGUGUGGCAUUGAGUUUUGGGGGCCACUCUUGUCCAAGACAUGACUGACACCGUCACGCCGCUGGAGGAAGACGACAGCAGCGGAACCGGCGCAGGAACGUACAGACGUGACCUCAACAAAGACAACCAUCCGAUUGGCAGUCCAAAGUUUGACAUGUCAUCCGAGGCGCGUCAAAGAAGCCCUACGAUACUCGAUGAACGUCUGCAGAGCUGCGAGGCCGAACACCAACAAAUAAAUCAACAUCAGCUUCAACGACAACAAAAUCCAAACCGCCAACAUCGGAAUACAUCGCCGCUGGUCAGGUCCAAGACGUUUGACGCGUCGGAGCUGAUUCCCGUGAAAACCGAGCUGCACUCCAAGCUGGAGAGGAAGAAAUCUCACUACAGUCAGCUGUCCAAGAGUAACUGUCAAUACCAUAAAAUCUUCAAGGAGAUCAGCAAAGACGAGCAACUCGGGCAAAGUUACACGUGCGCGCUACAGAAGGACAUCUUGUACCAGGGCCGCAUGUUUGUCUCCGACCACUGGAUCUGCUUCCACUCCAAAGUCUUUGGGAAAGACACCAAGAUCGCCAUCCCGGUCAUCUCGGUCACCCACGUCAAGAAGACCAAGACGGCCCUCCUGGUGCCCAACGCAGUGGUGAUUGCCACAGCAAACGACAGAUAUGUCUUUGUGUCCUUCCUGGCCCGCGACAACACCUACAAGUUCCUCAUGUCCGUCUGUCUUCACUUGGAGGAGAAGAGUCCGUGCAACAGCCCCAUUCCGUCUUCACCCCAAAUCACCUUCCGAGGUCGGACAUCGCCUCGCACGCCGCGUUUCCCACUGAGUUUCCACGCUGACUUUGCCGACCUGAACGGAACGCUGCUGCGGAGUAGGCAGGACACGGAGGAAAGCAGCACUUCCGAUUCCCAGACGCCGGAUGACGACAAGGUGGCAGGUAUCUUGGCCAAUCAGAUCCACAAGAACUGUUUCUAUCCCGUUCCUCCCUUCCUGGAGGCAUUGAAGUGCAGUGAUGUUUCUCCACUUCCUGAACAUCAGCACCAAGUAAAGAACCUUCUUCAUCCCAAACAUUCCAAGAUUCCCAAGCAGGAAAGCAAGCAGCAUGGUUUGGAAGUGAAGCGAGAGGAUGCCAGAAGUGGACAAACGCUCUCCCUCAACACUCUACUGUGUGUUUACCUCUUUCUAGUAUGCAUUUUGAUGCUGUCGUCAUGCUUCCUGACCGUCAAGAUGCUUUCCUUGGAGCAUCGACUGGCGACGCUCGGUCCUGUAACAGAAUUGGCUCAACCGGACGACUUCCUGCAAAAUAGUGACGACGUCAACAGGGAACUUUUCUCUGAACUACUGAGCCUCAACCUCAAGAAGUUGGAAAAGGUCUUAACUUGGAACCAACCAAUCAGCUUUCACCCACAAUGUUCAGAAGAAUCUUCAAAGACUUUUGGAUGAAGCCGUCUGAUGAUUUUUUAAAACUCUGUAAAUAUUUAUAUAAUGUAAUACUAUAGAAAUAUGUACAGCACUGGAAAGAUUAAGAGAGGAAUUGGGGAAUUUUUACUAUUUCUCAACAAAUGACUGAAUUUGAAUUUGGACUAUGUGAGCUAUGUUGUCAGUAUUUUCUUUGAAUUAUAAAUGCUAAUUUAACCUAUGAAUAGUGAAACCGAUUAUUUUGUAGCAGUAUAAUUUCUUUUAAAAUGAAUGAAUUCUGCAAUAUGCUUGUCACUUAAAAGUAUUGACUGAUGUCUUGAGUGAGUCUUAACAAUAAUACAUUUUAUUAAUAAGGCACCUUUCAAGGCACUCAAGGUCGCCGUAUUGCUGAUGUCAUCUACAGAUCUUUUCACCAUGAUGUCAUACAAUUGGUCAAAGACCCUAACCCUGAGUGGCAUUGCACCCCCAUCCUACUCAUUUCUACAUGGGUGAUUUUUUUUUACCACAACCUUUGAAUCCAAUGGCCUCGACACUCAAAACCAACAUCAACGCCUCCAUUUUCACAGGCCCUGAACAUGCUGAAUGCGCUUCCGUGGAUGUACGACACGCCGUUUAUGCAAAAUGGCAGUCAAAAUGAGCUCCACCCACAUUUAAUCCAAUCUGGGGGCUGCACUCAGGGGCAAUUCAAAAUAAAUCAAUGUAGCCCUGCUUCCGAACCCUGGGGAACACCUGGGUCUGAAUCAAGAUUAUUGAGGUACAUAUUCUAGAGCAUUUGUCCUCAUUCAAAAGUGGGGUAUGCCAAAGAUUGGUCACCAGCUAAUGUUAGGACACACACAAAAAAAAAACUUGAUUGGUUCACAAGCUAACGGUGGAUAUAAACCAACAAUCAACUGGUCGCUAGGCAAUGGUCCUCACACAGGAGAUUUGUACCCAGAACCUCCUGGCGCAUAACUACAGUGCUGCAGAAAUAAUCCAGGUUAACUGAGAAAAAUUGAAGAUGAUGUGUGUGUGUGAUUCUGCUUGUCCACUUGGGAGAAAGAAAGCAGUUGUUGUUCUCAUGCUAAUGCUCGCACGCUCGCUCGCUCGCUCGCUCGCACACACACGCACAAGGAAAACGUCACUGGCAGAACAAUUAGUUGUCUUUGUUACAGAUGUCUCAUGUACAGCUCAAGAUGCUGAAUGAAUGUUAUGUGGUUUGUACAAAUGUAAUCUUUAAUUACCAUAUUCAACUUUAGCUUCGACAAAACUUUGGUCCAAUUUUAAACGCCUUUUGCUCAUAUGCUAACUGUCCAGCAAGAAAGAAAACAAAUGUGAAAGAGAGAAGCUCAAAUGCUAACAGUGGGUGAACAUGAGCAAGAUAAGAAAGUGCGAUAAAGUGUGAUUUGAACACUGACAUCUUUCAUUUGGUGCAUUCAUGCUCAUCUGGGAUAUCGCAGUAAAGGGAAUGAGGGAGGCUGGGCUGGGGUGAUGGACGACAAACAAUAGAGCACUUGACAAUGAUGGCACAGCAUGUGACCCGCAGAGUCAUAACAUGGGCGGAAUAUUGAAAGAUAUAUUUUCAUACACAUUUAAAAAAA